AUGGCCUCUUCGGUGGGUUUUGAGCGGGUCGACAACCUGGGUAAAUACCUGGGCAUGCCCAUCAUCCACGGGCGGGCUACACACGAUACCUACGCCAAUGUGUUACAUAAAGCCGAGUCAAGAUUAUCCGGCUGGAAAAGUUCGACUCUAUCCUUAUCGGGGCGGGCUACUUUGAUCCAGUCGGUGGUGAGCACUUUGCCAUAUUUCACUAUGCAAUGGUUGCCGUCUUCGGUCUGUGCCGGUAUUGAUAUUGAUAGAAGAUGUCGCCGUUUUCUAUGGGGUAGCACGGACAACCAAAGAAAAAUUCACCUUGUCCGUUGGGAGGAGUUGUGUCAGCCGAAGGUAGAGGCGGUCUUGGGUUUAAAGAUCAACGCAAAAUGA